AUGGAGGGUCCUCAAUCUUCUAGCCCUUCUCAUCAAUAUCCCCAAGCAAUUCAACUUAAGCUUUACCAGGCUUUUAUAUUCUCAAUUCCUAUACUCUUCUCCAUCAUUCUAUUUCUGUUAUUCUACUUGUUCUACCUCAAGAGAAGAGCUUCAAACUUUUCGGCAACUCCACCGGUUCUCCCGAGGACUAUUCACGAUGCCACGCCUCGCGUUACAACGUCAUUUGAUUCAGACUUGAAAGCAGAGCUGAAAAACCAGCUUUCCACAAUCUUGUUUGAUGAAUAUCUAAAAGCAAGGGAUUCACUGUGUUGUGUGUGCUUAGGAGAAUUUGUGAUGAAAGAGGAAUUGCUUCAAGUGACAUCGUGCAAGCAUGUGUUUCACGUAGACUGUAUUCGACACUGGCUUCAAUCCCAUUCAACUUGUCCACUUUGUAGAGCUCCUGUUGCUGUCACCUCAUAG